UCUGAAUAUUCUAACGAACGAUCUUAUAUGUCACGCAAGUUAUAUUAGACGUGAUUAUAUCGAACGAAUUUCGCAUUAAUGAGAAAGUGAAGCAGACAAAAUGAAGACAAUAUAUUUGAUUUUUAUUGUAUGUUUUUACUUGGUGAGUGCGAAAUAUUUACCAAACGAAGUAGAAACAAGGAGAUCUUUAUUAUGGCAUUCCGAUAAUUCCGAAUCCAAUGAAUCGGAAGCUACUGUUGAAAGAGACGAAGAUGAAGAUGAUAACGACAAUAACUCUUUAGAAAAAAAACUAUUGGAGGAGGAAGAGAAACGACAUAAAAAAGAAUUAGAGAGACAAGAGAAGUUAAGGCGAAAAGAGAAAGAGAAAAACCUCAAGCUCCAGGAGGAAGAGCAAAAAUUAGCUGAAAAGUUACGAAGAGAAGAGGAAAAAAGGGAGAAUGAGAGACGCAAACAUGAAGAGAAAAUAAUUGAACGGCAACGUAAGGUACAAGAAAAGAUGGAAAGAGAACAACGGAAGCAACAGGAAAGGUUGGAGAAAGAAAGAUUAAAACAGGAAGAGAGAGAACGAAAACUACAAGAAAAAGAAAAAAGAGAACUAGAGAAACUACAAGAAAAAGCACAGAGCGACACUGACGUGAUUUCUGAAGAAUCUCUAGAAGAAAACGAUUCCUUGGAUCUUGAGGAUGUUUGGAAGAACUAUGUUUAUGAAAAAUAUGGCUUAAAUUCCAACAGUACCAAACUAGAAAAGAAAUCAGUUUUGAACAAAUAUUUCCAAGAAGAGCUUGGUCUUAGCGGUAACAGUACAAAGGGAGAAUAUCGUCAAGCUGUAAUAAAGCUAAUACAGUCCAACGUUCAAAGUGACGUAGCUUCUCAAAAUGCAUUAAGAAAAUAUAUUCUAAGUCACGUUAACGCUAUAGGUAUACAACAAUUACAGGGAGAGCUGGAAAGAAAACUAGAAAAAAUCAACAAUAAAACAAAUUUAUUGAAUAAUGUCAACUUACCUUCUGUACAAGUAUCUCAUCAAUAUCUGGAGGAAAAAAGAACUUUAUUACAAGCCGUAUCACAGUUUUUAUCAAGCCUGUUGCCGAACUGGAUUUCAAGUGAGACACAAACCAAUAAUAUGAGUGCCAUUAAUUCUACCAGUGCUAUUAGCGAAACUGAUAUAAAUGUUUCUUCGAGCGGUGCAAUAACAGGGCUCCCUUCAGUGACGGACACGCAAAAUAAUUCACCUACUGAUUUCCUGUCUAGCUCACCUGAUAGUGUGGCUAAUUCAAACUCUGCUUCUAGUGCUCAAGCUGAAACUACGCAAAGUAAUGGAGCUGAUUUGAAUACUAUUAUUGACAGUGAAGUUACAGGGCUUCCUGCAGUGAUUAACACGGAAAACAAUUCACCUACUGAUGCCCUAUCUAAUUCACCUGCUAGUACUGCUAAUGUUAACUCUGCUUCUAGUUCUCAAUUUGAAAUUACGCAAAGUAAUGGAGCUGUUUCAAAUACUAUUAUUGAAAGUCAAUCUAGUGUAGCUGGAGCACAAACUUCCUCGGAAAACAUUGCCGGUAAUAAGCAAUCUAAUGUAGCCGGUGCCGAAAUUCCUUCAGAUAUUAUUGCUGCUAAUGAAGUAACAUCCAAUUCUGUGACUGGCGAUAGCAAUAUUUCUAAUGUUGCAAACAAAGUAGCGCAAAGCGUCCCUGUUAACGAGCAACCCAAUAUAGCUGACACUGACAUUAAUUUCAAUACUGCAGAAGGAACUGCUAUUAAUACUUCUAUCAAUUCCGGGUCUACGGGUAUCAAUGGAGCAGAAUCAAACUCAACUGCUAAUGAACAAUCUAACACAGGUGCUGAAAAUGUUUCCGAAGCUGCGGAAGGAAGUAUAAUUUAUGUGAACAAUAAACCUGGAUUGACUUCGACUCCUGAAAAUCAAGCUAAUGUAGUUGGUAUUGAAGAUGUUACUGGGAAUGAUGGUGAAUCAAAUAUAAUUGGAAGUACUCAAAGUAUUACAAACGAUUCAAACUCAACUUCCGGUACUGCUGGAUCUAUCGUAGGAUUUGAAACUGAAUCUAAUACAGCCACUAACACGCAAUCUAAUGUAUCUGGUAAAGAAAAUACCUCCGGGGUUGUAAUUGCCACAGACUCUAGUACGAAUCCCAUUUCUGGAUCUUCUAUAAAUACUGUUGUUAAUGAACAAACUGACGUAGCCAAUACGCAAGUAGUUUCUGUUGUGGCUGAAGGAACUGAAUCUAUCACUAGCACAGCUUUCUCAAGCAAUUUAGCUGGAACAACUCUAUCUUCUAAUGACCCAGCUAAUGCGGCCGCUAUAGAAGUUGUCUCUGAAACUGGUUCUGGUAUAACAAGUGAAAUAUAUACCACUGCUAAUGAGCCAGCUGGGAUUGAAACUAAUUCGGAUACAUUAGAAGUCACAAACUCUAUUUCUAACACCGGUUCAGGAUCUGCUGUAAAUAACCAAGGUGAAUCUAUUAAUAUUGGAGAUGUUACUAGUAUUGGAAAUCAACCAGAUAAUCCAGUUAUCAAUGGUCAAUCUGUUUCAUUUAAUAACGACACAGCCGCCAGUUCUGUUGUACAAAAUGAAGUUGUAGGUAAUCAAAUUGAUGUAAAGGUCACAGGAAUUAUAUCUGAAACAAAUAACGCCAAUGAAUCUGCAUCUAAAGUCACUAAUAUUGAAUCUUCUGUCCCCGAGACUGAAAUUAAAUCUACACAACCUGAAGCUGCAUCUGAAAUUUCUGAGCCGGUAGUAAAUUCUAUGCAAUCUGACAGUAUAUCUUCUCAAGUUGGGAAUGAUGCAUCGAUUCAACUUGAAACAGGAACGGUAGUUCAACCUGAAACUGUACGAACUCAAGAACAAGAACAAUCGGUACCAUCCCAAACUGAAACUGUACCUAUUACUAAUGAGGUUGUAGUUGGCAGUGAAUUAAAUGAAAAUAUACCUGUAUCUGAAGUAGAUCUUAGUUCUUUGCAACCUGAAAAUGUAGCUGUUGCAGCUUUACCAACACAACCUGGAAAUAAAGAUAUAGCACAAAUCAAUCCUGCUCAAGAAGGAAGUGCUCCUGCUCAGUCUGAAAUCGUGACAUCAGUUCAAUCUGAAAGUGUACUUCAACCCAAUACACAAUCACAAACUGCUCCUGCUACAACUGAAAUCGUCGAUAUUAAAUUAACUGAAAAUACACAAUCUGUAUCUGAGGUGGCUAUUGAUCUUUCCCAGAAUAAAAGUGGACCAGCACAGCCUCUUCCAGUUGUUGAAACCACACAAUCAGAUAAUGUAUCAGUUGUAGCUGACGCAGUUACUGAACCUGUGAAAGCUGAUGCUGCUUCUACUCCAAUUGCAAGUAGUUCUGUACAGCCUGAAAGUACUGUUUUAGUUGAUGCCAAUGCUGUACCUACUCAACCACAAGCAGAAUCAACAUCUACCCAGUCAGAAACGGCACCUGCCAUGACUGCCUCAACCCCAAGUGUUGAUUUAGGAAGUGCUCCUACUCAGACUGAAAUCGUAGCAUCGGUUCAAUCUGAAAAUGCACCAGAACUGCAAGGUGAAUUAGCUCUCACUCAAACUGAAACUGUACCUGCUACAACUUCAACUUCAGCCUUUGUUGAUACCAUAGUUAGUGAAACUACACCGACUGUGUUUGAGGCGGUCGCUGACCCUUCUCAAGCUAAUAAUAUACCAACUCAGAUUGUUGUAGAUAAUGAAACCACACAAGCUGAAAAUGUGUCAAGUAUGGGUCAAGCAGUAAUUAACCCUACAGAAGAUGCAAGUGUUUCUACUCAGCCUGAAAGUACUCCUGUGCAAUCUGACGGUGUAGUUGGAGUUGAACCUAAAAUUGUACCAGCUGAAUCGCAAGGAACAUCAACAUCUACCCAGUCGGAAACUAAACCUGCUGAGUCUGGGGCUGUUAUUGAUAACGUACCAAGUUUAACUUCAACAUCUACGUCUUCUCAGCCUGAGAGUGGAUCUACUCAAACUGAAACGAUUGUUACGUCUUCACAAUCUGUAAAUGCGUCGGUUGCUCCCGAGUUAAUGACAAAUACUUCUCAGACAGAAAUUAUACAGCCUAUAGAACCUGUCUCGCUGGAUAUCGCACCUGUUACCUCUGAGGUUUCUGAACCGGUACAACCCCAAAACGAACCAUCUUUAUCAAUAGCGGUUGCCCAACCUGAAAGCUUAGUUGAAAAUGCUGUCACACAAAUGGAUGCUACAAAUGCAAUGACACGCGGUAACGAUGCAGUUAACGAAAUUCAACCAGAACCCAUAACUGGGUUACCAGAGGCAACAACAGAGGUGAAUCCUGAAAAUGCGAAUGUUGAUGCUAUUCCUCCCGUCGAGCCUGGAGCAUCAGUGGUAGAAAUCACAACUCAGUAAAACAUAAAUCCAAAUUGUUAAUCAUUAAAAAAAAUAUGUUACAUAAUGUAAAUACAUAAUAUAGAGUAAAAAUUUGCAAAUUUUAAAGAUUUUUUUAUUUUUUUAUGCAGUUGAUUUUAACAUAUGUGAAUAAACUUUUACAAGCACACUGCACCAAGAAUUUAUCUUUCAUAUUAUUAAGUAUGUAAAAAAGUAAGUCUCAACUCUCA